AUGCUUUCAAGAAAGGAGUUUAGAAAUUGUUUUAAAACUGUUCAAUUAUUACUGUUAGAAGAAGUAACUGAUGUAGUUGAAGAAGAACUAAAAAGAAAAAAGCGGAUUUGGGUGAGAAACUGGAUAAGCGAAAGAAAUGUAAAAGGAGGCUCAACAAUGCUUUUGCAACAGCUGAAAUCAGAAGAUGCCUAUGAAUAUAGAUUGGCAAUGAGAAUGACAGCAGAAAAUUUUGAGGAGUUGUUAUCAUUAAUUUCAAACAAUAUUCAACGUAACGAUACAUUAUUAAGAGAUGCCAUACCUGCAAAAUUAAAACUAGAAGUCACUCUAUCCUUUUUAUCUACUGGAAAUAGUUACAGAAGCCUCAGUCAUCUGUUUCGGUUGCCAAAAUCAUCUAUAUCGCAAAUCAUAUCAGAAGUUUGUCAAGAAAUAAAAAGGGCAUUAAAAGAUCACAUCAAGGUACCAAGUACGCCACUCGAAUGGGGACAAAUCGAGAAAGGAUUUCGGAAUAAGUGGAACUUUCCCCUUUGCUACGGAGCGAUUGAUGGAAAACAUAUUAAAAUUACGGGCUCCAAGGAGUAUGGAAGUGUGAAUUUUAAUUAUAAAAAAGAUAAUAGCAUUGUUUUAAUGGCACUUGUAGACCACGAUUAUUGCUUUACCUAUAUCAACGUAGGAGCAAAUGGAAGUGCAUCUGAUGGUGGUAUUUUCAAAAACUGUUCUAUCUAUAAUCAAUUGGAAACUAGCGGCUUUAUACCAGAAGGAGGGGUAAUUGUAGCUGAUGCUGCCUUUCCAUUAAAAACAUACAUGAUGAAACCAUAUCCUGGGCCCAAUUUAAGUUUUGAAGAAAAAAUAUUUAAUUACAGAUUAUCACGUGCCAGACGCAUUGUCGAAAAUGCUUUUGGAAUAUUAGCAAACCGAUUUCGAGUUUUCGAAAAGGCUAUUUCGACAAAGAUAGAUACUGUGGAUCACAUUGUAUUUGCAGCUUGUUCUCUACACAACUGGUUACGAAAAAAGUCGAGCGCUUAUCUAACUACUUGUUCUAUUGACCGCGAUGAUAUUGAUACCCACAGUUUGAUUGAAGGUAUGUGGAGAACUGACGUACGCGGUUUAAACAGUAUCACACAGCAAGGCAGUAACCAUUCAUCGUUAAGUGCAAGAGAGAAAAGAACACAGUAUACUAAUUAUUUUGUGAACGAAGGGAAAGUACCGUGGCAAAAUAAUAUGAUUUUUUAAAAAGGCGGAUUGGCGCAUGCCUUUGUGUUUAUAAAAUUCUGAAGUGAUAUCCCACAGACACACAUGUUCUCUAUACAAAGAAACAAACAGAAGAGUUUGGUUUUCAGUUAAUUUCAUUGUUAGGAAUUAGCUAUAGAACUCCACAAAAAACAACAAUGCGUGUUCACUGUAAAACGUGUAAUCAAGCACUGGAUUGGCCGUUCACACUAUUCCAGUGGCGCUGGAAUGGGCGAGCUGGAAUGAAAAAUAGACCGUCAUUCCAGUCACUGGACUGGAUUGAUCACUGGAAUGGGUACAUUCCAGUGCAGGUUCACAUUGUUCCAGUAGCAUUCCAGCACUGGACUGGAAUGCUGGACUGGAAUGCUACUGGAAUAAUGUGAACCGACCAU